AUGCUUCAUGUCUUGAAGCUCUCCUUUGUGUUGGACCCAAAACUGCCACCAAUUCCAGAUAAUCCAAUUCCCAAGGAGAGGGAAUCUGUGGACCCAGCGGUCAUUACAGAACUGGAAAAGCAAAGGAUUCUGCGUAGAAAAUCCGAGGAAUUGUGUGUGGGUCACAUCAAGAAUUCCCUAUCUGAUCGGCUCUAUGAUCUUUACUCGUCGGUCAAAGAUUCAAAAGAGCUAUGGAAUGCAUUGGAACUUAAGUACAAGGCACAUGAGGAAGGUACUAACAAGUACCUUGUGUCCAAGUACCUUGAGUUUCAAAUGGUUGAUGACAAAUCGAUUAUGGAGCAAGUGCAUGAACUCCAAGUCAUGGUCAACAAGUUGAACGCACUCACCAUCUCUCUUCCAGAUGUCUUUCAGGUUGGUGCGAUCAUCGCAAAACUGCCACCCUCGUGGAAAGAUUUCUCUAAGAGAAUGAUGCACAAGUCUGAGGACUACUCCUUGGAUGAUCUGAUGAAACACCUCCGCAUUGAGGAGGAAACUCGCAUCAGGGACAAGAGAGGUAAAGUUGGAUAA